UCAUUAGGUUGCAGCGUGUCAUACUCCGUGACGGACAGUGUGCCGCAUGCCUUGGCGUGCAGCCGCUCGAGCCCCCACCACGUUCGAACAACAGCCAGGCUGAGCACUGCAGACGGUUAAAAAUAUCGGCCCCGACUGUUGCAUUUCCAGCCUUUGAUACGGAAGGCCUGUGGCCACGCAAACACAAAGAGACGUUCUCGUGCUCUUCUCGUGAGCAGCCUGACGACCCUGCGAUCACCACCACUCAGCAUUUCCGGCGCAGAAGCACAAGAGGCUGGCAUCGCAACAGCCCAGCCUCCACCACCAGGCGAGCAACAACGCCACGGAAAACGGAUUCUUCAGCCGCCUCAGACUCCCCAGUACGGCGUAUGGUACACGAAUAUGAGGGCUCGUGCGACUUCUGUUCUCUUCGCUGUCGUCAGCUUCGCCCUCGCCGUCGCGCAUGUUUCUGCAGAGCCGCUUGUCGCUAGGCAGGCUGCCGCCACGACGAACGAGUCAACCAUAAUCUUCACCAUUCAGACCGACACCGUCCUCGAGUCGACCACCUCGCAAACGGCCGCCCCCUUUGGCAACAGCACCUUCACCACUUCGUCGAGCUCUUCGACCCCUCGUUCGACCCCUACUUCCACGUCUAGCAGUCAACUCACGUCCAACGGCGAAUCCACGGCAACGUCGAUUGCCUUGACUACGUACACGAUUCCACAGUCUGGUGGCGGAGUCAUCACGAGCACUGCGUUCGCUGCUCCCAGCACUAGCACCAAACUGCCAAGUGUGCAGCCCGGCGCCGGCAAUCAGGUCGCGGCAAAUCUCAAUGAGCUGGGUUUGCUAGGAGCAGUUGCCGUUGUGGCCAUGAACAUGAUUUGAUGUGCAAGUAAAGAGGGUCUGAUCUAUUUUUCCUUGGAGGUCCUUCUCAUUGAUUUUUCACUUGAAGCUAUGAAGACACGCAUGAUGAUACCCGCUCUUUGGCUUUCUCGUUCAGCAUCAUAGCAUAAUAUGCCAUAUGUAUGUACAUUAAUUGUAUCAGGAUCGUUUGGAUACAAUUAAUCUAUGUCUUCUUAGAUUCGACGGAGCUAUACACUUGUGUUUGAUGAUUGAACACGUCAUUUCCAUGGGAAUUGUUCCUUUUUUAAAGCUCACUCCCGGUGCGGCAACGGACAUGUAGACAGGCCUUUUGUUACGCACAAUGCAUUUUCAUUCCGUUACCGUUACAGGACCAAUGACUUCUUUCACCGGCCAUCUCGCCCAUUGUCAUCUGAGUCAUUUAUAUGCAC